UCCUCCAACCUCCUCUGGUACUUUUCCCCCAGCCUCAAAAGCUAAAAGCAAUCACACCCUAUCACUUCUCCUCCAUGAAGAUUUGUAGACAAGGGCACUCGUUGUAGUUGCAGUAUAAGCCUCUCUCUCUCUCUCUCUCUCUCUCUCUGAUUGUACCACCAAUCAUUCUCGUUCAAGCCUUUAAGAUCGGUGGGAAGAGGCUUGUUUACUGUCAGAUAGAAGAGAGGAGAAGGUUGCUACCAUGGAGUGGAAUGCCAAGAUCUCUUCAUGGGUUUUCCCAGAGGUUGAGCAGGUUGCAGACAAAAACAUGGAGUUUCUCCUCGGGUCGAGCUUUGUCCUUGGAAGUCAGAACUCAACUGGGAUGGAUUGCUCGGUUGAUCUGAAACUCGGUGGCUUGGGUGAUAUCAGACCAGCAGAGAAGUCGAGAAGCCAACCUUCGAUGACGACGACGGCGGUAGGUCCAUCGAGGAGGGCUCGAGCUCAGGGGAACGCCCCCCAGAACGCAUCGUGCUCGGUGGACGGGUGCAAAGCCGAUCUCAGUGGCUCCAGGGAGUACCACAGACGCCACAAGGUGUGUGAGGUCCAUUCCAAGACUCCAGUCGUCAUGGUGGGCGGCCAGGAGCAGCGCUUCUGCCAGCAGUGCAGCAGGUUUCACCAACUGGUGGAGUUCGAUGAGGCAAAACGAAGCUGUCGGAAACGUUUGGAUGGACACAAUCGGCGCCGAAGAAAGCCUCCACCCGAUUCCAUUAAUCCUGGGGGCUUACUUCCAAAUCAUCAAGGCAGCAGGUUCUUGAUGCAUCCUCACCUGCUUCCAACUCCUAUACAAAGCCACAACUGGGCUGGGAUCAUCGAAUCCGAAGACAUGCUACAUACAAAUCACUCGCCCCUAACGUUUGUCGACAGCAAACAACAUCUCUCAGGCUCCUUCAGCAGCAACGAGAACAGGAAGCAGGUUCCUCUUCUGCAAGGCGACAUCGCCGGCUUCAGCAUAACAACACGCCUGCCAUUCCUCAUGACCAUCUCCUCUUCAACAGCAGAAAGCAGCAGCGGCAACAUUUGUGCUCUCUCUCUUCUGUCAUCAGCAACAAAACCAGGCAUCAACGCGGACCAAAUGCUGCCAGCUGAUGGAGUUCCUAUGCAUCAGUCUCUGGUUUCAAGUCUUCCCUGCCACUCCAGCCCUCAAGCUUCGACCUAUGUUUUGCCGACAGGGGUUUCUUGUUCAGGAGUAGAGGAUGGGCAACUUAUUGUUCGUGGAGCUGAUGCCAGUCUUCACUGUCAGAGUGUGUUUCAUGCAGGGGGUGAAGGCUCCUCGGACUGGGGAUCUCAAGCUCCACCCUUUUCUUGGCAGUAGAUUGUGCUGAUAACAAUCCAAGCUCUGACUCGGUUUGUCUCUUCAUUUUACAGCAGGUUUUGAAAUGUUUUUGUCCAGCUUAGCAAACAUAGAGAAUCCAACUCAUUAAUGUGAUCAGAUUACCAUAUGGAAAUCAUAAUGGUUGCAUAUCUUUUGUCUUUCAUGGUAAGAUGCAGGAAGAAGUGACGUGACAUCCUUAAAACACAAGAAUGAUGGAUGGAGCCUUUGAAAGAAAGUUGAAAUGGCAUCACAUUGGAGAUGUUGGCUGCCAUUAAAGAGCCACUCUUCCCAUCUUUUCAUAAUACUACUUGCUGUAUAAUACUUCAGAUAAUUUCUUUUAUGGUCCUUCUCUGGUAA